AUGGGAGGGAAAAGGAACACAAUUAUCUUGGAAAGCAGUGGCGAGGAGGAGCAGCUAGGAGCUACUAAACUUGAGGAACUAAUAAGGCAAAUAUCAGAAAAGAGAGUCAAGCUCCCAGCAGAUUUAAGGACUUUUAUCAAAUCCAGCCGUGCCAUCUCCAAGUACCAGACUCUCUUUCAAAACUUUAGACAUCCUGUUUUCAUAGAAGUGGGAUCAGAUCUGGUUCUGUCUAGUUUGUCCUCUGCUGACCUGGAUGAGGCUCUGGCAGCUGUGGUGAACGAUCUGAGUGUGGAGAUUGUGAAGCUGCAGGGAAAUGCAGCGGUAUCUCCAGAUCUUGACAGGAUGAAAGAAGUCCUGAUGAAAGCCAAGAACAAAGAAAACUUUCAUGAGCUCAAAGUGGAUAUCAGCUUUGUCCCAGGAUCUAAUGGAUCUGCCACAACCAAAGUAAGACUGGUGGGCUACAGUGAAAAUGUGAGCAAGCUCACUGAUGUUCUUCACGACUUCCAGUUGAAUCAAGUUACAACUCAAGAAAAAAUCUCUCUGCUUCAUCCUGAAAUGGUUGACUGUUUUCAUAAAAUCUUAGACCUGACUGGCAUGAAACAGACCAAGGUUCCUUUAAGAGCCUCACAUGUUCCAAAUCCACAUGUGUCUCUAUCUGGACCCCGAUGCCAGGUUCAGGAGGCCAAACAGGCCCUAACGUCAGCUCUAACCAGUCUGACAAUAGAAACUUUGGGUCUGGAUGGAGCAGGGGCUCAGCGGUACUUCAAGACUCAGGGUAAAGUGAGUAAAGAGCUGGUAGAGGACUCCUGUUGUGUCAUCAUCCAAGAAAAGCAAACUGUAGUCACCCCAAAUGUGAGCACAAAAGCAUAUGCCAACAACACACUUACUAUCACACCCCAAACUUUGAUUACUGGAAGGUCCAUGAGGACUCUGGAUACCACAACAAUCCCAUAUGUUGAUGUUAGCAGUUUGGUUCAACAGGUUUACGGUGCCUCCUACAAAAACAACUUGAGCAUGAAACGGGAAAACCAAGACCUAAGUGUCCUCUGUACUACUCAUCAGCGGUCCAUCUUCCUGUUCCUGGGCCUUGGUAAAAAGAGUGUCCAUGAUGCAAUGAAGAAGGUAAAAGAUUUGUACCAGGCUCACUGCUCCACAAAAAAAAUGACAAAGGAGGAGUUGGCAGACUUCACCCAGGAUGAAAUAAAGGAUCUGCAGAAGCUAGUGGAGGCCCAGGGUUUGCAUGUACAGCAGGACCAGAGUGGAGAUGGAGGCUUGGUAGUCAGCGGGUUAAAAGAUGGGGUCACCGAGCUGAUACAGAUGCUUCACGCUGCUGCUCGUCUACGGAGAGAAGUCAGAGUUAGGGAGGAGGAUAAUUUGUACCCUUGUGUGGCGUGGUGCAUCCUGGGAUAUGAUGGUAGCUGGGAAAGGCUCCCCAAAACAGAUAAUUAUAACCUAGAGCAUGAUAUGAAGAAAGAGAUAGUGGACACACACGGAAACAUGUGGAGCGUGGAUCUGCAGAAGAUGGAAGCCAGAAGUCGGUUAGCUAGAAAAACCAAGCUAAAACGACUGGAGAAUCACUCAGACUUUACUCUUCCUUUGUACUGGGACAAUAUGGCUAGUGGUGAAAAUCUAAAAGUGGUUGCAUUGGAGCCUUCCUCUUCAGAGUACCUCAAAGUAAAGGCGGCCUUCACGCAAACAGUUCAGAAGAAUAUAUUGAAAAUUGAACGCUUGCAGAAUGUCCAUUUGCGGCAAAGCUACGAAGUGCAAAAGAAGAAGCUUUCUGAAAAGAACAGACAGGAAGGGGGAGCACGUGAAAGGCUUCUAUAUCACGGGACGAGUCAGGACAGCUGUGAGUCCAUCAUAAGAAAUGGAUUCAACAGGAGUUUUUCUGGGAAACAUGCAACCUUAUUUGGUCAGGGGACCUACUUUGCUGUCAGUGGCAGCUAUUCAGCCAACCCCGGCUAUUCAGGGCCAGCUGCUGAUGGUUCUCAGAGAGUAUUUGUGGCCCGAGUCCUCACUGGUGUUUACACUCAGGGCAACAGCAGCAUGAAGGUGCCUCCGCCUCGCAGCAAUCAGCCCAAUGACCGUUAUGAUUGUUUGGUGGACCAAAUAGCAAAUCCAAGCAUGUUUAUUAUUUUCAAUGAUAACCAGGCAUAUCCAGAUUACCUCAUUACCUUCUGUUAGUGCUUCAUCGUGGGGAAUAUUUCCUAUACAGCUAAUACAUUUUCAACACAGCAUUACCAUCAGUAAUCUGAAUAGUCAGGCCCCAUCUUAUGUUAAA